CUAGCCUCCCCGCCCUGGGGAAGCUGGGAGCUGCGGAGCCCGUGGCGGAGGCCCGGGUGGGUCGGCCGGCCGACUGGCCGCAACUUCCCCAGUCCACCUUAAGAGGACGAUGUAGGCAGCUGGCAGCGCCGACCUUAGAAAAACAAGUUUGCGCAAAGUGGAGCGGGCCGGGCCUCGGGGCGACUCGGGCGGCGCUAGCAGAGCCCCGGCGUCCUUCCCGCCGGCGCAGCCGCGGCCCAUGGAGCCCGCCGGCCCGGCCCCCGGCCGCCUCGGGCCGCUGCUCUGCCUGCUGCUCGCAGCGUCCUGCGCCUGGUCAGGAGCAGCUGAAGAUGAGCUGCAGGUGAUACAGCCAGACAGAGCAGUGUCUGUUGCCGCUGGACAGUCGGCCAUGCUGCGCUGCACUGCGACCUCUCUGCGCCCCUUGGGGCCCAUCCAGUGGUUCAGGGGGAAAGGACCAAGCCGGGAGUUGAUCUGCAAUUUCAAAGAACCAUACCCUCCCCGCGUCACACCAGUUGCAGAUCCCACACAGAGAGAAAACAGAGACUUUUCCAUCCGCAUCCAGAAUGUCACCCCAGCAGACGCGGGCACCUACUACUGUGUGAAGUUCGAGAAGAUGCCCUCUGGGGACCGGGAGUUUAAAUCUGGAUCAGGCACUGAGCUGUCUGUGAGUGCCAGACCUUCUGCUCCCGUGGUUGCGGGCCCUGUGGCCAGGGCCAUACCUGGGCAGACAGUGAAUUUCACCUGCAAGUCCCACGGCUUCUCCCCCCGGAACAUCACCCUGAGAUGGUUCAAAAAUGGGAACCAGCUCUCUGACUCCCACACCAGCCUGGACCCCAAGGGAGAGAGCGUCUCCUACAACGUUUCCAGCACAGCCAGGGUGCAACUGGCCCCCGGGGACGUCCGCUCUCAGGUCAUCUGCGAGGUGGCCCAUGUCACCUUGCCCGGGGGCCCUCUUCGUGGGACUGCCAACUUGUCUGACGCCAUCCGAGUGCCGCCCACCCUGGAGGUCAGCCAGCAGCCCACCAUGGCAGGAAACCAGGUGAACGUCACCUGCCUGGCAUCCAACUUCUACCCCUCGAGCCUGCGGCUGAGCUGGAUGGAGAAUGGAAACGUGUCACGGGUCGAAACGGGCUGGGCCCGCACCGAGAACAAGGAUAGGACCUUCAACCACACGAGCUGGCUGCUGGUGAACACCUCUGCGCACAGGGAGAGCGUGGCGCUCACCUGCCAGGCGGAGCACGAGGGCCAGCCCGCCAUCACUGCCAACCUCACCCUGGAGGUCUCUGCCCAGCAGAAGGAGCAGGGCGCCGACACCACCCCUAAUGGCAAGACUAGCUGGAAUAUCUUCAUCGUGGUGGGCGUGGUGUGUGCUCUGCUGGUGGUCUUGCUGAUGGCCGCCCUCUACCUCCUCAGAAUCAAACAGAAGAAAGCCAAGGGGUCUACUUCUUCCACGAGGUUGCAUGAGCCGGAGAAGAAUGCCAGAGAAAUAACCCAGGUACAGUCCUUGAUCCAGGACACCAAUGACAUCAAUGAUAUCACCUACGCCGACCUGAAUCUGCCCAAGGAGAAGAAACCCGCCCCCCGGGCUGCCGAGCCCAACAACCACACAGAGUACGCCAGCAUUCAGACCGGCCCCCCGCCCAAGUCGGAGGACACCCUCACUUAUGCAGACCUGGACAUGGUCCACCUCAACCGGGCCCCCAAACCGCCAGCUCCCAAGCCUGAGCCAUCCUUCUCAGAGUACGCUAGCGUCCAGGUCCAGAGGAAGUGAACCAAGGUUCCAGUCAGCUCUAGGGUCUGGCCCCACAGGCUUUCUUGUGCCCCGUGUAGAGUGGCCAUGAUGAGGACAGCCAGCCCCAUUUCCAGAAGGCCCCGGGACCAGGAAUGAGGGUGGUUCUGAUCUGCCUGCCCACCUCCCCGCCUUGGCUCUCCAGCAUUUCCAGCUCAGCCAUGCCUCCAUCUUUGUCCCACCUCUGAAGGAGGAGAGAUCAUCUAACCAGCCAAGGACUUGGCCAGAGCCUUUCAAGAGUCCAAGGACUGUUGUGCCUCUGACUACGUCAAGCACAGGUCUGGGUCAUGGUUGUUGAGAGACCCCAGGGCUACCUCCUUGAUGUUCCACAAGCCUGAUCUUCCAGGUGAAGAGGGAAGAAGAUCCCACUUCCUGCCUGCCACCUUCACCCAACUGGGGGCUUUGGGGACAUUGCCCUUCCGAUCAAACUGUCCCAUCCAUGGAGAAGCUGGGGAAGAAACCACAAAAAACUUUGAGAUCCGCAAUCUGAGCCCUGGUGAGGCUAUUAUUAACAUCCCCGGUGUGCCCCCCCUUCUCCGGGCUGAUGAGCCACGAGCCUUGGGGAAGGUGGGGGAAUGGCUCUUCUUCCUGGGGACAGCUGCGACUCCUGGGACAACCAUCAAACUCAUCCGGGGUGCUCCCGCCUCUCCUUUCUAGACCCGAGCUUGCUUCCUCCAGCUAGCACUAACAGCAGCACGCUGUGGACGCCUGUAAAUUAUUGAGAAAUGUGAACCGUGCAAUCUUGAAGCCGAGGUGUUAGAAAACUUGAUCUGUGGUGUUACGUUUUGUUUUUUGGUUUUGGCUUUUUUCGGGUCCCUCCCCACUUCCCCCUUAAAACAACAACAUCAUUAUCUUGGCUCUUUUGUCAUGUGUUGAAGUUCCUGGUUGGGUCUUGUGAAGUCUGAGGUUUAACAGUUUCUUAUCCUGGAAGGGGAUUUCUUACCGCAGGAACUGAGGUCCUCCUUGAUUAGGUUCUUCUAGGAUGGAAAGGAGGAUCUGUUUGGGCAGCUCUGUGGAGGUGCUCGGCCAUCUCUCUGGGACUAACUUGACCUUGUUCUGGGCUGAGCCACAGGCCCGGUCCUGCUGCCCUCCACAGCCAGCCGGCCUCAGCGGCCUCGCCAUCCAUCGUAAGUGCAUUUCCUCAGCUCCCUCUGCUCUUCCGCAAAGAGGAGCUGGGAGCGGAAUCGUGACAUCCCUGGCUGCUGUCUCUCAAGCACUUUAGGGACAGGCGGAGGGGGAAGGGUACUGAGCUGGCAUCUGCCCAACUCCUUCAGCAAGCGUACCCCCUUUCCCUCUGAGCUGCCUGCCCCUCCCCUAUGCAGGAAGAUGCUUCCUAUUUUUUUUUUCUUCUCCCAAGCCUCAUGGGGAUUAAACUGGAACCAAUGCUGGUCUCAGCCAGGCUAGACCAGCGGUGGGCCAGGACAUGUCCCUCUGUCCCUCUGUCUCAGGAGGUUGGGCAGAGGCUGUGACCCAGUUACUCUCUGACCUCUCCUUAUCUUUUUAGCUAGGCCUCACCGGGUGCAGGUGAGCAAGCAUUGCAGCCCUGCUCAUUCCGUCUCCACGUAGAACUCAGAGAAUUCAGACGCUGAUGCCGCUGGAAGCCAGAGGGACUCCUGGCUUGGGCCUUCCAGGAGACAAGUGGGGCCACCCUGCCUGUUUCUGCAGGUGUCAUGAUGGGGGUAGAGUGGGAAGAGGAACCCCAAGAGUUGAAUGAGGACUCAUCAGCUCUCUGGGAUGGGUCACUUGGUAUUUUACAGGGUGGCAUCCGGGAGUGGGCGGAGCCAACAGGCCGUGUAGACAGCACUGGCUGACAAGCCUGAGCCUCCCAUAUGUCUGAGCCACCAUGGCCCAAGCCACCUGCUUGGGCUGGUUCCCCGAUUCCAAAGGUGUUGGUUUGUAAACCUCCUUCCUUCUCUUUGGCCCAGACAGCACACGCAUGUUUGGAUACACACACACACACACACACACACACACACACACACACACACACGAUUUUAAAAGGAUGUUUCCUUGGUGCCAUCUUAAUUUCAUUUUCCUUUGCUCUUUGGAGGGGGAUGUAAGGGAAUGUGGCUAGCUUUAGCUUCCGCCAGGCAGCCUAGAGGGUCCCCACAGCUUAUGGAACCCCAGGAAAAGGAAGAGGUUAAAACAACCCUGCGGAAGGAGGGUGGUUUCAGGAGUUUAUUUUCAGACUGUUGGGAAGGAAAUAGGCCCCAUUUUUGUAUAUAGUUGCAACUUAAAACUUUUUGGCUUGCAAAAUAUUUUUGUAAUAAAGAUUUCUGGGUAACAAUGA